GGCGGGGGACACUGCCCUUGGGUGACUUGCAAAACCACGCCAAAUACCCUGGUAAGGGUAUUUGGUACGAAAGCGUCGCCACCGUUGCGCCUGGAACGGAUGCGGGAAACGUCGAACGAACCGGCGCAGGUGAGACUGCCGCCGGGCAAGGAGGGAGCGGAGCACGUGGUGCACGUGGAGAUGGCGCUGUUCCCGAGGGGACGGUGGUCGACGGGGGCGGUGGAAUGGCGUCCUCAGGAAAACGAAUCGGUGGCCAUUGGAAAGAGGGAUGACCUGGAGGAAGAUCCUGCAACGCCUGCACGGCAGAAGCCAAAUGCGCAAGACACUUCGACAUAUCCUUCGACCAAAUCGCGUGCCACACUGCCGGAGCCCGCGGAUGCAGGGUCCAGAAUCCAGAUGUGGGGCGGGGGCAGGGGUUACCCGCUGCGGGGCGGGGGUCGGGGUUGCGGGGGCGGCGAACAGUGGUCGACGGUGGUGGGGUUCCGGUGGUCGGGUUGCGGGAGCAGGGAACGGUGGUCGGUGGUGACGGGGCUCCUGUGGUCGGGGUUGAGGGGGCGGGGAACGGUGGUCAGUGGUGGCGGGGUUCCGGUGGUCGGGGGUCCACGGGCGGGGGUCGGGCCGCGUGGCGGCGGGGUUCCCUUGCAGGCACCCGGGGGUCGGACGGCGGGGUCGGUGGCGGUGGCAGGGAUGCGGGUGCGGGGUUUGUCUAGUGGGGGUCGGUGGUCGGAGCGCGGGGGUGCGGGGUUGCUGGUGGGGCCGGCGCUACGGAUGCGGGUUCGGUUAGCGGGUUCCGAGUGGCGAGGUUGCGGCGCCGGGGUUCUUCUUCGGACGGGGUCGCGGGGGCGGUGCUGCGGUGUGGUCGUUGGUGUGCGGAGCCGGUGGCGGGCCUGCGGGGUUGGACGGCGGGGUACCCGGGGCUGGGCGGCGGCGGGGGUCAUCCCACGGGCCGGGGUGGAUGAUCCCCGUGGAGGGGGUCCGGGGGCCGGUCUCUCACACCGGCUUCGCCCCCCGAAGAUCCUCGCUCGACAACGCUGCCCGGGGUUGUUGAAGGAGGAGACUUGGGAGAAGGAAAUAAAUGAGAAGAGUGAGAUGAAGAGGAUGGUGGACUAGGUGGUCCAUUCCCAUUGGACGUCGUCUGAAUUGUGAGACCAACAAAUUUCAUAGCAUCUC